AUGGCAGCUCGAGUGCGCGCCCUGAAGAGUUCACGGGCGCGCUUGUCGGCCUGGUCAUCAAAGGCGGGGCUGCGUGGCGUGUCGGCGCGGCCGUCGGGGCCUUCACGUUUAUGGUGGGCAGUGGGACGGCGCCGGAACUGCCGCGGCUCCCUGGUCUUCCCGGAAGUCGCUGUUUACAGCUCUCCUGCAGGAAGGCCGCUCGGGACGGGCGCUGCGGGCAGUCCGGACAAAGGAAGACUCCACGAAGGCCAAGAGCGAGACGCCUUUACAGCAGUGCGUGUGUUUGUGUGUGUGCAGGAGCGGCCGCCGCUGAGCCUGCAGCUGGCGGAGAGCGUGUCUCUGGGGGCGCGGCUCGCGCUCUCACACUGCCAGCAGCUGUUCCGCUGGAGGCCCUGGAACUGCCCGGCCGCCGACUUCAGCCUGAGGGCGCAGCGGCGCGUGACGCGGGAGGCGGCGCUGGUGUCGGCGCUGACGGCGGCCGGCGUGGCGCACAGCGUCACCAGGAACUGCUCGCGCGGCGAGGUGCCGGGCUGCGGCUGCGACGACCGCCUGCCGCAGGGGCUCUCCUACCGCCACACAGGGAGCGGAGACGUCGAGCAGGAGGAGCGUCAGCUGCCGGCUGGCGAGAGUCAACCUGAGGAGUUCGCCUGGCAGUGGGGCGGCUGCAGCGAGGCGCCGCUGUACGGCCAGGCGGUGGCCAGCAGGUUCCUGGACGGCAGCGACCAGCCCAUGGACGCCACCGCCUUCGCGCGCCGACACAACCACCGCGUCGGCAUCGAAGUGGUGCGAGGCAGCAUGGAGACGCGGUGCAAGUGCCACGGCACGUCGGGUUCGUGCAGCGUGCAGACGUGCUGGCGGCUGCUGCGGCCCUUCCACCACGUGGCGGCCCGCCUAGAGCGCCUCUACCACGACGCCAUCCGGAUUAAUUAUGAUGAGCAGCUGGGAAGCAUUGCACUGGGAAAUUCUGCCACCAUGGACCAUCCUGAUGUGUCACCAGAACAGCUCAUUUACAUUGAACAGUCACCAAAUUACUGUCUUCCAAACAGAACAUCAGGAUGGCAUGGAGUGAGGGGAAGAUCAUGUCCAAAAGAAGUUUUGGACUCUGGAGAAGUCAAAGACCACUGCCGAGACCUCUGUGCAGCAUGUGGUUUUGCAGUGUCACAGGAUGCCAGGAUACAGACUGUACCUUGUCACUGUGAUUUUCAAUGGUGUUGCCGAAUAUCCUGCCAGACAUGUACCAGCAAUGUCAAGUACCAUCACUGCAAAUGA